AGCAGUGCCGACGACGAUUAGUAGAGCUGAGAGUGAAAGAAUUUUUGUGUGCAUUUUGAACCGAUUAGGAAGAAAAAAGUUUAGAUUAGACAACGAAUUUUUUAUAUAAAAUAUAUUUUUUUAACUUAAACCCAAUUAAAAAUAUUUUCAAUAAUAAAAAAAACAUAAGUGUUUUUUAAUUUGUGUGUACGCGUCGUUUUUGUGUCUGGAACUAAAAAAAAUCGAAACAUCCUUAACAAAAAGUGUUUUGUACAAACCUUCGAAGAAAUACACCAACACAUACACCGCCGCAGUCUGUGUUGCAUAUAAAAUUUAUUUUCGACUUUAACAAAAACCAACGAAAAAUCUACGAAAAUAUGGCUGAGGAAGUCGAUCGCAAUGAUCCCGAAUUGAAGUAUCUUUCGGUGGAGCGCAAUCAAUUUAACGAUCCGGCCACACAGGCGGAAUGGACACAAAAACGUUUGGUGUGGGUGCCUCAUGAAAAUCAGGGUUUCUGCGCUGCCAGUAUUAAACGUGAACAUGGCGAUGAAGUUGAAGUGGAACUUACCGAGACCGGUAAGCGUGUCAUGGUCCUACGUGAUGAUAUACAAAAAAUGAAUCCGCCUAAAUUCGACAAAGUCGAGGAUAUGGCCGAACUUACAUGUCUUAACGAAGCAUCCGUCUUGCACAAUAUCAAAGACAGAUAUUAUUCUGGCUUAAUUUAUACAUAUUCCGGUCUUUUCUGCGUCGUUGUUAAUCCUUAUAAAAAAUUACCAAUUUAUACGGAAAAAAUCAUGGAACGGUAUAAGGGCAUUAAAAGACAUGAAGUGCCACCCCACGUUUUUGCUAUUACAGAUACCGCCUACAGAUCCAUGUUGCAAGAUCGCGAAGAUCAAUCCAUUCUGUGUACUGGUGAAUCAGGUGCUGGUAAAACCGAAAACACGAAAAAAGUUAUACAGUAUUUAGCAUAUGUGGCUGCUUCGAAACCUAAAGGUUCUGGUGCGGGACCACAUCCGGCUUUAAUUAUUGGCGAGCUGGAGCAACAACUAUUGCAAGCUAAUCCAAUUUUGGAAGCCUUUGGUAAUGCCAAGACAGUGAAAAACGAUAAUUCGUCACGUUUUGGUAAAUUCAUUCGCAUCAAUUUUGAUGCGUCUGGUUAUAUAUCGGGUGCAAACAUUGAAACAUAUUUACUCGAAAAAUCUCGUGCCAUUCGUCAAGCCAAAGACGAGCGAACAUUCCAUAUUUUCUAUCAACUGCUGGCCGGUGCCUCGCCCGAACAACGUGAAAAGUUCAUUUUGGAUGACAUCAAGACAUACCCAUUCCUCUCCAAUGGCAGUUUGCCAGUGCCCGGUGUUGAUGACUUGGCUGAAUUCCAGGCCACGGUGAAAUCGAUGAACAUUAUGGGCAUGACCGCUGAGGAUUUCAAUUCGAUAUUCCGUAUUGUAAGUGCGGUGCUUCUAUUCGGCUGCAUGAAAUUCCGUCAGGAGCGUAACAAUGAUCAGGCCACCUUGCCCGAUAAUACGGUGGCGCAGAAAAUUGCCCAUUUGCUGGGCCUGAGCGUUACAGAUAUGACACGAGCCUUCCUGACGCCACGCCUUAAGGUGGGUCGUGAUUUUGUCACUAAAGCCCAGACCAAGGAACAGGUCGAAUUUGCUGUCGAGGCUAUUUCAAAAGCGUGCUACGAGCGUAUGUUCAAAUGGUUGGUGAAUCGUAUCAACCGUUCGUUGGAUCGCACCAAACGUCAGGGUGCCUCGUUCAUUGGCAUUCUCGAUAUGGCUGGUUUCGAAAUUUUCGAGUUGAACUCAUUCGAACAGCUGUGCAUCAAUUACACGAAUGAAAAAUUGCAACAGCUCUUCAAUCACACCAUGUUCAUAUUGGAGCAGGAGGAAUACCAACGUGAGGGCAUCGAAUGGAAAUUCAUCGACUUCGGUUUGGAUCUGCAGCCUACAAUUGAUUUGAUUGACAAGCCGGGUGGCAUCAUGGCUCUCUUGGAUGAAGAAUGUUGGUUCCCCAAGGCGACAGAUAAGACCUUCGUUGAGAAAUUAGUGUCAGCACAUUCAAUGCAUCCGAAAUUCAUGAAGACUGACUUCCGUGGUGUGGCCGACUUUGCAAUUGUUCAUUAUGCCGGCAAGGUUGACUACUCCGCCGCCAAAUGGUUGAUGAAGAAUAUGGAUCCCUUGAAUGAGAACAUUGUAUCACUGUUGCAGAGCUCGCAAGACCCAUUUGUGGUGAAUAUCUGGAAGGAUGCUGAAAUCGUGGGCAUGGCCCACCAUGCGCUUACAGACUCACAAUUUGGUGCCCGUACCCGCAAGGGUAUGUUCCGUACCGUGUCCCAUCUGUACAAGGAGCAAUUGGCCAAGCUGAUGGACACUUUGAGAAAUACAAAUCCCAACUUUGUGCGUUGCAUCAUCCCGAAUCAUGAGAAACGUGCUGGCAAAAUUGACGCGCCUCUGGUCUUAGAUCAAUUGCGUUGCAAUGGUGUGCUCGAAGGUAUUCGUAUUUGUCGCCAGGGCUUCCCCAAUCGUAUUCCAUUCCAAGAGUUCCGUCAACGCUACGAAUUGCUCACACCCAAUGUCAUUCCGAAGGGUUUCAUGGAUGGAAAGAAGGCGUGCGAGAAAAUGAUACAGGCACUGGAACUCGACUCGAAUCUAUACCGUGUCGGUCAGUCGAAGAUCUUCUUCCGCGCUGGUGUUUUGGCUCAUCUCGAGGAAGAGCGUGACUACAAGAUCACGGAUUUGAUUGUAAACUUCCAGGCAUUCUGCCGUGGUUUCUUGGCCCGGCGCAACUAUCAGAAGCGUUUGCAGCAAUUGAAUGCUAUACGCAUUAUCCAGCGCAAUUGCGCUGCCUAUUUGAAGUUGCGCAACUGGCAAUGGUGGCGCCUGUACACAAAGGUGAAGCCAUUGCUUGAGGUCACCAAACAGGAGGAGAAACUGGUGCAAAAGGAAGACGAACUCAAGCAAGUGCGUGAGAAACUUGACACACUCGCUAAGAGUACCCAAGAAUAUGAGCGCAAAUACCAACAAGCGUUGGAGGAGAAGACCUCAUUGGCCGAACAGCUGCAAGCCGAAAUUGAACUUUGCGCUGAAGCGGAGGAGUCGCGUUCCAGGCUUAUGGCUCGCAAACAGGAACUCGAAGAUAUGAUGCAGGAACUUGAAACACGUAUAGAAGAAGAAGAAGAACGUGUUUUGGCCUUGGGUGUAGAAAAGAAGAAGCUUGAACUUAACAUACAAGAUCUCGAGGAACAAUUGGAAGAGGAGGAAGCUGCCCGACAAAAACUCCAAUUGGAAAAGGUGCAACUCGAUGGCAAAAUUAAGAAAUACGAAGAGGAGCUAGCCCUUACCGAUGAUCAAAAUCAGAAGUUGAUCAAGGAGAAGAAGAUUCUGGAGGAGCGUGCCAACGAUCUCUCCCAAACACUGGCCGAAGAAGAGGAGAAAGCCAAGCAUUUGGCCAAACUGAAAGUUAAGCAUGAAGCCACUAUUGCCGAGUUGGAAGAACGCAUGCAUAAGGACCAACAGCAAAGGCAGGAGACCGAUCGUUCCAAGCGUAAAAUCGAAACGGAAAUGGCCGAUCUUAAGGAACAACUCAAUGAACGUCGUAUUCAGGUUGAAGAGCUACAAGUCCAAUUGGGCAAACGUGAAGAGGAACUUACGCAGACCCUAAUGCGUAUUGAUGAAGAAUCGGCAGCCAAAGCGAGUGCCCAAAAGGCACAACGUGAAAUCGAAUCACAAUUGGCCGAGCUGCAAGAAGAUUUGGAAGCCGAAAAAGCGGCCAGAGCAAAGGCUGAGAAAAUACGCCGAGACUUGGGCGAAGAACUGGAGGCCUUGAAGAAUGAAUUGCUUGAUUCCUUGGAUACGACAGCGGCUCAACAAGAACUUCGUUCGAAACGCGAACAGGAAUUAGCUUCACUCAAGAAAUCCUUGGAGGAAGAAACCGUCAAUCAUGAAUCUUCAGUGGCUGAGAUGCGCCAUAAACAUGCCCAAGAGUUGAACGGCAUCAAUGAACAAUUGGAGAAUCUGCGCAAAGCUAAAGCGGUGCUAGAGAAGGCCAAAGGUACUUUGGAGGCUGAAAAUGCUGACUUGGCAACCGAAUUGCGUAGCGUCAACAGCUCCCGCCAAGAAAAUGAUCGUCGCCGUAAACAAGCAGAAUCCCAAAUAGCUGAACUACAGGUGAAAUUGGCCGAAGUGGAGCGCUCUCGUUCGGAAUUGCAGGAGAAAUGCACAAAACUGCAGCAAGAAUCAGAGUACAUUACAAAUCAAUUGGAAGAGGCCGAACUGAAAGCAUCUGCUGCCGUUAAGUCCGCCGGUAACAUGGAAUCCCAGCUUGCCGAGACACAACAACAACUCGAAGAAGAAACCCGCCAGAAACUGUCUUUGUCAUCGAAAUUGCGUCAGCUUGAGUCCGAGAAGGAAGCGCUGCAGGAACAACUCGAAGAAGAUGAGGAAACCAAGAAGAACUAUGAACGAAAAUUGGCCGAGCUAACCGUCACCAUGCAGGAAAUCAAAAAGAAGGCUGAAGAAGAUGCGGACGCGGUCAAGGAGUUAGAGGAGGGCAAGAAGCGCUUGAACAAGAGCAUCGAAGAUCUGGAGAGGCAAGUUAAGGAAUUAACGGCACAAAACGACCGCUUGGACAAGAGUAAAAAGAAGAUACAGUCCGAGCUGGAGGAUGCCACCAUUGAAUUGGAAGCACAACGCACAAAGGUGCUCGAAUUGGAGAAGAAACAGAAGAACUUUGACAAGAUCUUAGCGGAGGAGAAAGCCAUUUCAGAGCAAUUUGCGCAAGAAAGAGAUACUGCCGAACGUGAAGCCCGCGAAAAAGAAACCAAGGUCCUCUCCCUUAGUCGUGAAUUGGACGAAGCCUAUGACAAAAUUGAUGACAUGGAAAACAAACGCAAGGCGCUGCAGAAUGAACUCGACGAUUUGGUCAAUACCCAAGGCACUGCCGACAAAAACGUUCAUGAAUUGGAGAAGGCCAAACGUGCCUUGGAGUCGCAACUGGCUGAACUAAAAGCACAAAACGAGGAGUUGGAAGAUGAUUUGCAACUUACCGAGGAUGCCAAAUUACGUCUCGAAGUCAACAUGCAAGCAUUGCGCUCUCAAUUUGAGCGAGAUCUGCAGGCGAAGGAGGAGCAAGCUGAGGAGAAACGUCGUGGCUUGGUGAAACAGUUGAGAGAUUUGGAAGCCGAGUUGGAUGAGGAGCGCAAACAGCGAACUGCAGCUGUGGCGGCCAAAAAGAAAUUGGAAGGUGAUCUCAAAGAAUUGGAAACUACCAUGGAAAUGCACAACAAGGUGAAAGAGGACGCCCUUAAGCAUGCAAAGAAACUCCAAGUUCAAGUGAAGGAUGCUUUGCGUGAGGCCGAAGAAGCCAAAGCCGCCAAGGAAGAACUUCAAGCUGCCAGUAAAGAGGCCGAACGCAAAGUCAAAGCCUUGGAAGCUGAAGUUAUGCAGCUCACUGAAGACUUGGCCAGCUCGGAGAGAGCACGAAGAGCGGCCGAGACAGAACGUGACGAGCUGGCCGAAGAGAUGGCCGCCAAUGCCAGUAAGGGUACCCUUAUGAUCGAUGAGAAACGCCGUUUGGAAGCCCGUAUUGCCGCCCUCGAAGAGGAACUCGAGGAAGAACAAUCGAAUUCGGAGGUUAUUUUAGAUCGUAGCCGUAAAGCCCAACUCUUGAACGAACAGCUAUCGACAGAAUUGGCCACAGAAAAGUCCAACUCGCAGAAGAACGAGAAUACCAGAGCCCUGCUGGAACGCCAAAACAAGGAACUGAAAGCGAAACUGGCCGAAAUCGAAACAGCGCAGCGAACAAAAAUCAAAGCCACUAUCGCCACGCUCGAAGCCAAGAUUGCCAACCUCGAAGAACAGCUCGACAACGAGGGCAAAGAGCGUCUGCUGCAACAAAAAGCCAAUCGCAAAAUGGAAAAGAAAAUCAAGGAAUUGGGCCUAAACAUUGAGGAUGAGCGAAGACAUGCCGAUCAAUACAAAGAGCAGAUAGAUAAACUUAACAGUCGCAUGAAAUUAUUGAAACGUAAUCUUGACGAAACUGAGGAAGAACUACAAAAGGAGAAGACACAAAAACGCAAAUAUCAACGCGAAUGCGAGGAUAUGAUCGAAAGUCAAGAAGCCAUGAAUCGUGAAAUCAACUCCCUUAAAACCAAAUUAAGAUCAAUACAAGUGGCUGAGACCGAAAAGGCAAAAGCCUAUUCUCCCAAAAAGGAUCCUACUCUUAUAAUGAAUUAUUGUAAUAAUCAUAUCAAAAAACAAAGCAGCCCCUUUCCCAUGGAGCAGCCCCUUUCCCAUGGAGCAGCCCCUUUCCCAUCAGGUGUUAUACUAAAUUGUGUAAAAAUUACUCUUAAAGCUGGGUUAGUUACACUUUCAACGUUUUCCAACUGAGUCUUGCUUAGAUAG